ACCGCCAAAGGAUCAGUUAAUCUUCGGCGAUCGGCUUAAUAAGAUCGGCCGCCAAAAAAGAGCGAAAUCACUUUCAGUUUCGCAGUGACUUCAACGGUAGAUCAACACAUGUGCGCGGGAUGACGAGACUUUGAUACUUUUGCCAGUUUAAACGCAUCAAAGUUGACGAAAUGAACUUUUCAAGUGCCAUAUUUUUGAUCCUUGUCGCGGUCUGCGGGGCCACGGCCGACUGUCCCGCGAAAAAAACUCAGUCGAAACUGAUCUGUUAUUAUAGUAAAUUGACUCAGGCCGAUUCCUGCAAAUGUUCACAUGUUAUCCUGCCGGCGGACGCCGACGUCAAGGCCAUCGACAGGCUCAGGGAGCACGCUAAGGGCGUCAAAAUUUUGAUCACCGUCAACGAAUUCAAUCAGGGCUUGGUCAACCUCCUGAAAAGCAGUAAAGUGGACGGUAUUGAAAUCAACCUGAAGAAACUCGAUUCGAAAAACGACAUCAGCGACUUCAUCUCGACCGUCCGAAGCAAGCUCGGCGCCGACUUGUCCAUCGUCCUUUCUGUGCCUUCAAAAGCCGAGACCUUGGCAAAAUACUACGACUUUAAGGCUUUGAGCAAAAAUGCCGAUCUGUUCAUCCUGCAAACAGCGUUCCUUGGCGCUUCCAAGAACGUCACUUUCCACCCCAGCCGGCUUUCCGGCCUUUGGGACAUGCAGAAUACUGAUUCCGUGGUGGAUCUGGUGAGCGGCUUGGGGGCCCCUUUGUCCAAACUGGUGAUAACAGCACCCGUCCAAGCUUUCAAGUUCAAGCUCCAGGACGAGAAACACACAGCUCCGGGGAGUCCGGCGCUGGAAGUCCAGUCAAUUACGAGAGAUGAGCUUUGCAGUGUUAUGGGGAAUGGCGGGAACUGGACGCUGGAGCGGGACCAGGACCAGACUGGGUCCUACAUAUUUAGUAAAGACCAGUGGAUCGCUUUCGACGACGCCACGAGCAUUGACAUCAAGGCCAAGUACGCGAGAGUCCGGGGCUUGGCCGGAAUGGCCCUUAAGGACCUCUCGCAGGACGGCGGCACCAAGUGCGAAAGCUCGCUCCUGGAGGCAGCUUUCACGGGUUUGUCGCGGCAAGCGCGCGCCCCACGCGGCGCCGUGUUGCACUCCCUGGAGCGCGAGAUCCUGGAAACGCCAGCUCGGCCCCUGGACAGCAUCCAGGUGUCGCCUUACCGCAUCUCCAGGGUUAUAGACGUUGAGGGGAACGUGCACGUUAUUAGAAAGGAUACAAGGACGGAGUUUGAGUGUUCGCGGCAAGGGUAUUUCGUCCAUCCGCGGUCCUGUGGCCGGUUCUACCGUUGUGUCAAGUUCGACCAACUUUCCGACGAGUUUAGCGUUUUCGAAUUCGAUUGUCCUGCAGGACUGGCUUUUGAUAGUCGAGUGGAGGUUUGUGUUUGGCCCGGAAGUUUGCCGCAUGCUUCUGCUUGUGCCGGAAGUAGUGAAAUUGCGCCCGUGCCGAGGGAAAGAUUCGUUUGUCCCAAUGAACCAGGUUAUUACGCGGAUCCCGAAAACUGUCGCUGGUUCUUUGCGUGUUUGGACCACGGAAAAUCUCCAUUGUCCGCCUAUGAAUUUAGAUGUCCCUUCGGAUUAGUUUACGACGAGUCAAGACUUCUCUGUGAAUGGCCUUGGUUGGUACCAAAAUGUGGCAGCGGUUAUGCAGUUGGUUCUGAAGUGGUUUAUGGAGGUGCAGGAUCGGUUACUCUCGAUCAGUAUGAUGGUUUGGGCGUUCUUGGAGUAACAGCUCUUGGUGGACUUCACGGUCCGUUGCAACAGCCUGUGGUUUAUAGCAACGUGGGUGUUGGAGGAUUAUCCGUCAAAAGUGCACAAUCCUUGCAAAGUGCCGGACUCCUCAAGGCUGGAUAUGCCGAUGGUAAUCUUGCUUACUCAAACGUGGGUAAUGUAGGGAUUGAUGGUUCAUCUUUCAUUGGUACACAAAAACAUGGUUUUUAUCGCGGUGAUGGGUACGGGGUUAAAUCCCAAGGUUUUGUUCAUGGAUCGAGUCAUGUUCAUAAUGGUGACGCUUAUUUGGUAAACACAGGACUUUACCAAGGACAUGUAGCUUCAGAUCAGACAUCUAAUUAUGUACAUGGUACUAAUUUAGAUUACGAAACAGGUGUGUCAGGUGCUGCUGUUAAAUCCGCAGAAGGAUAUCAGGGUGCUCUUCACCUAGUUGAUGGAGCUAAGACUGGCUACAUCGAUACUGCCAAUGCCCAUCUAGUCAAUGGUCUUGCAGAAAAUUACCAACAAGCUGUUUUGGUAAAUCAACAAGCUGGUGCCUAUGCACAAGGAGCUGCAGUCUCUGGUUAUGAUAGCGCUAAAUCCUCUGUUGAAUAUCAUGGAAACACUGGAACCACCUAUGGAAGUGGUACCAGCGGAAGUAUAAAUAUCGUCGGAGGAGGAUACUCAGCAGUUGGAGUAGCCACUGACGGUGUUCAAACCAAUUAUGCCGAUACAGUAGCCCACGUGACCCAAUCUCCAAUUGCUGUCUCCUCCAUCCCUACUGUAACUUCCGUUCCAGUACCAGCACUUAAAGUUGCCUCAGGAUUUGAAAGCUACAACGGUGGAGUUGUCGCAAACGUGCCCGAACUGCAGUACAAACUCCAGUCCUCGUCACAUGGAACUAGAGGUUUUGCGAAUAUUUCAGACAGUUUCGUCAAUUUUGUCUCAUCAACUCCGUCAACAAUUGCAGUAGAGGAUGGUUAUCAUUACCCUAAACCUACAGUCGCUUUUGUUGAAGGACCAGUUAAGUCUGUAUCAACUGGUACCUCCUUCGUCCAACAAAAUAUCGCUAGUGUUCAACCAGUUGUCACAACUUACCAAAAGCCUGUAUUUGUUUCAACAACACAAAGACCACUACUUGUUGAAAAAGUGAACGUACAACCGGUUGUAACUACAUAUCAAAAACCAGUUCAACCAGUCGUAACCACAUAUCAGAAACCAGUCACAACUUCGUUUGUACAACAUGUCCAACCAGUAGUUACAACAUAUCAAAAACCUGUAAUUGUAUCAUCAACACCAGCUCCAGUAGUAGUUGAAAAAGUUAACAUUCAACCUGUGGUUACAACGUAUGAGAAACCUGUAUUUGUUUCAACACCGGCUCCUAUUGAUAUUCAACCAGUUGUUGCAAAAGAAAGUUUUGUUGGGUACGACUACCCCAAACCUGCUGUUAAAUUUGAAGAAGUACCAGUAAAAACCACCGGUGGUAGCUUUAGCUAUCAAAAUGUUGAUUUGAUUCACAAGACUGAAGGUUACACUUAUCCUAAACCAGCGGUAGCUUUUGAAGAAGUACCGGUGAAAACUUACAAACAAGAAGCAGUAUCGUCUUUCACUUAUUCAACUCCGUCAACCGUUAGACCUGUGGUUGUACACAAAGUUCAACCAGUUGUUCAACCGCAAAUCCAUGUAACGUCUUACAACGUACCGUCAACAACAGUCAAACCAGUAAUUGUUGAACAACCACAAGUUUACGUGUCAUCAACACCUGCCCCUAUUCAACCAGUGGUCAAACAACAAGCUGUAUCAUUUUUAAAUUACCAGAAACAUGAAACUGUUCAACCUCAACUUGAAGUAACCGCCUACAAUUUACCAUCAUCAACUAUCAGACCUGUAGUUACUCCUGUCGUCCACCAGAAACCAGCUGUUGUAUCCAGUUUUAGUAUAUCAAGCAACAGUGAAGGUUAUCAUUACGAAAAACCUAAAAUUGUUUUUGACGAAAGACCUGUAGUCACGUAUCAACAACCAGCAGUACAAAAAACCGUAGUAGCCACUCAACCAGUCUAUUCAACCUAUAAUUACCAAACACCAGUUAGUACUUACAACUACAAGAACGUGGUGAAAUCAGCAGUUAACCUUGGAUAUUCAUACCCGAAACCUGCAAUUGCUUUUGAAGAAACGCCAGCUUCAGUUACCAGACUGAGUUACACUCAACCUGCCGUAUUCUCAAGUUAUAGUUACGCGGCUCCAACGGUACAACCCGUUGUAGUCCAAAAACAAGCACCUGUGGUUACUAGCUACACGUACAACGCACCAUCGACUGCCAAACCUGCAGUUUACGUACAACAGCCUGUUGUAAACACCUACGUUUCGUCUACACCCAGACCCGAAAUCUUAAUACAUAAACAACCUGUCGUAACCACCUAUGUAUCAUCUACACCUAAACCUGCAGUCUUCUACCAACAGCAACCUGUAGUAACCACUUACGCAUCUACACCUAAACCUGCAGUCUUUUUCCAACAACAACCUGUAGUAACCACUUACGCAUCUACACCCAAACCUAAAGUCUUCUUCCAACAACAACCUGUGGUUACAUACACUCAAAAACCUGUCGUCACCACUUACGUAUCCACACCCAAACCUGAAAUCUUUGUCCAAAAACAACCAGUUGUUACGUACACUCAGAAACCUGUGGUAACCACUUAUGUCUCCUCUACACCUAAACCCGAAAUCUACGUCCAGAAACAACCAGCUGUUGUUUCCAGCUUCAGUUUUACAAAUAAUGUGCAAGGUUACGAUUAUCCAAAACCAGUGGUUCCGUUCGUGGAAGAACCAGCUCCGGUUGUAACGUCUUACGAAAAUCGUCAACCGGUUGAGGAAGUACCAUUUGUAAAGAAGAAGGCGUACGUUACUGGACAACAAACCAAUUACCAAUACGUGGAACAACCACGAUUUGAGUACAAACAACCAGUUGUGGUAUCGACAACUCCACGAUAUGAGUAUAAACAACAAUAUAGUGUUGAUUCUGGUUAUAUCUACGAUAAACCAGCAGUGCGCUUUGAAGAAAAACCCGCUUUUGUCAAAGUGUCAACUCCGAAAGCUAUAGUCGACUACACCUACGUCCAAUCAACUCCAAAACCGACGUUUGCGUCCACUAUUACCGAAGUUGUGGCCGCCAAACAACCGUUUACUUUCUACGACAGUAGACUGCACUCAACUCCUAAACCCGUGGUCUACUCAACGCAACUUCCAGUUGUUGAAACGGUUUCAACAAGUCGACCGAUUUCAAAAUACGCUUUCAGUUCGCUUAACGAAUACAACAAAAUUGCGAGUUACGUACCACCGGCUAAAAUAGUAACACCAACAGUGGUUACGACAAGCCGACCAAUAGUCAAGUACUCGUUCACCUCGCAACCCCGAGUUGUUGAAAAUUAUGUUGCACCAAUUGAAGUAACUACACCAACACGUGACUACUUGCCGAUCAAGGUGACAACUAGUGCACCAACCGAGGCAUAUGUAGUACCAGAGGUUGUAAAAGUUACAACGUCAAGACCUAGAGUUAAGGUUGCAAGUCUAUCAACUGUAGUACCAGAAGUACCAACACGUGAAUAUUUGCCAGUGAGAACACGAGUUAAAGUUACAAGCCUACCAACUGAAACUUACGUAGUACCAGAAGCCACAACACGUGGGUAUUUGCCGCCGAGAACACGAGUCAAGGUGACUCCAAGUAGUACCUACUUGCCAGUUGAGGAAGAACUGGUUUCGACCAGCAGGCCGGUUGUAAAAGUCGCAAGACCGAAGACUAUAAUCAAAGUCAAUGACUUCCACCCGUUACUCUCGGCAAAACUAGGAGCACAAUGCACCUGCACGUCAAACACAGUACGACUUCGCAAGAAGAAGUUGCGAAUUGUUGUAGAAGAUGAUGAUGACGAUGGUUACGUUGUCGAUGACAACAACGAGGGCGUUGUUGUGGAAAACUACCAAUACGAGCCCCAAAAACUCGACAUAACCCCGACCCCCGAAAUCUACAUCAAAAGCACCACUAGUCACAUAGUCGAACCGACCCCCUCCCCCACCUACAGCACCAGGAGACGCGUCCGCGUCCGACCUGCCACGUCCACCGUCCUGUACGACUCCCCGGUGACCCAAGCCGCUGAAAUCUUCGUCAAGAAAGCAGUAACCCCGGCUGUUGUCGUAAACGCAGUGACUGACGAUGACGCAAAACUGGCCAAAACGUCGGUCGAAAGCCGCACCUUCGACCGCUACGGCCCCGGCGGUUGGAGGAGUCGCAACGAAAAGUUGCAAGGAACGAUCGACUGUCAAAGAGCUGGGCUCUUCCGACACCCGACUCAGUGCAACAAAUUCUACGCCUGUCGGUGGGAUUGCACCAAAAACCGGUUCACACUGCAUGUUUUCAACUGUCCGGUCCACCUUACGUUCGACAAUACUCUGGGCGCUUGCAACUGGCCAAGUCAGGGACCGGCGUGCUUGGAGAACACCCUCCUCCCCAGUGAUUAGUCUUAAGUUCUAGUAUUUAUUGCGCAUUGUCCAUCAUUUUAUUUAUUACAUCACCCAUCACGAAAUUCAGCUUUUUGGGUCUUGGAUUGUAUUUUGUAAAAUAAAACAAGAAAAAACGA